UGGUAUUUUCACCAAAACCAACAACACAAAGGCACUUUUAAGAGCCACUUUGUCUUGUUACCACGUCUUUGCUGUGAGUUAACGUGAGUGUACCUGUCAGUCUGUUUCUUACUCGUGUGUGUGUGAUUGCCUCUAUUUGUCUUAUCUGUUCAUCUCUUUGUGAGUCCGUCUGUGUGUCUGAUCAUUUGUCACCAUGAGUGAUUCAGAAGAUCCACUUAGGAGCCUGGAUGACCUGGUUGAUCAGUAUGGGCUUCAUGAUCACCUCUACAGUCUUGGGGACUUAACUGGUGAGGUUGAGGAAGGGGCGGCGGCAGUAUCAGCACCACCACCUGAACCAAGGGUGAGGUGGAGAAAGAGAAACAGCGAUGGAAAAGUGCUCUCUCUAAGGCCAAGAUCAAGCAGGAAUCAGUCAAAUCAGGCUGUUCACAGUCGCAAGACUGAUCCUCCCUUCAGCGCUCCUCACAGUACAAGUGAGGUGGCCUUUGCUCCAGAAACUGUUGAAUGUUUUCUACGAGAUCUUCAGCGCUCGCUGAAUGAUGCUGGUGAUGAGCAGGAAACAUCAAGACCACCUCUUCAGUCUUCCUCCAACUGGAGCACACGAAAAAGUGUCUUGUUAGAGAGCUGGAGGGCAGAGAGACACCGUCUUGUGGACACCGUGGUUUUACAAGAAUAUGUGGCUGCACACACCUGCCAGCAGUGUGGGAUCAAUCCAGCUGAUGUCCGUUGCUGUGACCACGGCCAUUCUUCUGUGCUGAAUGUGACGUUGACAUGCACACCAGACACGUCCUUUAUAACAGAGAAGCAAUGA